AUUUUGCACGUUGUUGGCUCACCUACAGAUGACUAUAACUUCACUUUGAAUAUUUUCUACGUUGCUCACUUCGAUGAUGACUUAGGAUCUGGAACGUAUUCCUUCAGCUACGCCGUAGUUCGACCGGACAGCACCUGGUCGUUUGUGCAAAAACUGUCCGACAUUGUAGACGUUGAAAAAGUAGAGGAAAGAGAAAACAAAGUGGAGAAGAUGGAGACGUUAGCCGCCUUACAACACAUAAAAUCUGUCAUCAAACCUGAUCUGGCUUUUGUGCACUUUUAUUGCCUGAAAGGAAUAACAACUUACUGGUGAGAAGUAGUUUUUAUUUUAUUCAUAGAAAUAAGAAUGAUUUUUAAUAGUCCUUGUAAACAACAUUUCAUAACUGAGCGGUAAACGGAGCACGCAUUGACUGGACAAGCGGUGGAGAAGUUACCACUACUGAUAGCUAUCAAUGUUGGAGCUGCAAACACAGGCGCCUAUCAUUGCUCCAAGGGGUUGCUGACGUUUCGCGAGAGAGACGCUUGCGUUUGGUCCAAAAAAUUCCAUACUAAUGAUAGAAGUAUAUCUACCAGAAAUCUGUUCAGGAACUGGCUGACGUACCCGGUGGAGGGGGGAGGGGUUGGUAAUUGGGUUAAUGUUUGCUGGGGAUAUGCCGCUGGCCUCUCAGGGCCUCUAUCUCAUUAUAGUCUAUUUUUUGGCCAAAUAUAGACCAUAUCUUAAUUAAUCACUUUUUGGAAAAUGUAAUUUUUGCGACCCCAACUUAGUCAUUUUCUAUUUAUGCAUCUACCUCAUCAACGUGGUUUCAAGCGGCCGAAUGUAAUGCGGUCAAUGCGAGCUUAUUGUUAAAUUUGUGAAACAACAACUUUCUGAUUUUUUUAACCGAGAAUCUUCCCAUUUUGAAUCUCUACUUACCCCAAAAUCCGAAGAUUUGCAACCCCAUCCAGCGGCACAUCCCCAUUAGCCUCUCGUAAGGGAUUCUCCCCCCCCCCCCCCCCGGGCUGACGUAGUAAUUAUACUCUUUUAGCUAUUUUUCACAAAUGCAGACAGGCAUAUUGUCACACAGAUCAAAUAUACAAAGCUAUAGGUCUACAAAGAAACACUGUCUCGUAUUUACCAGAGAAAAACGCCACACGCAAUCAGAAGAAUAGAACAAACACUUUGGCUCGCCCAGCGGGUCUACUCGGUCAAGGCUGAAGGAAUAUGUGCGAGCACUGUUGCUCGAGCAAAGGGUUAAACGUUUUUUUCUCAUAUAAACGCUCGAGUUAGGGUUAAAGUUGAGUACGGGGGGGGAACUUUAGGAAUUUUUGAGUGGAGAUGUUCCGCUGGGAUCUUGGAACCCUGGAACCCUUAGAGUAUAACAGAGCUGUAGUUCAGCUGAACUUCACUACCAUAUACUAGACUAAAACUCUCCAAAUCCCCUACCCUCAACCCCCUCCCAUCCUCCCCCCCCCCCGCAUCGUAGAGUAGCUUUUAGGCUGAGUUGCGUCAGUUUAAACUUUCCGAUUUAAUUGCCAACGAGCCAUCCGAGCGAAAGACGCUCGGAUGACGAGGCGGCAGCAGAAUAGAGCCGCGCAAGCAUGGGUUGAGAGGCAGAAAAAUUCUCGAUCGAGCGGAAAAAUGUGUAACCUGAUGUAAUGUAGAUUCCCCUGAGACCAAGUGGUCAGUUGUCAACCAACCAAAAAGGCAGUACCUAUCGCACGGGCUAAAGUUGAAUGUGGCACGCUUUUUAAAAUACCAAAUUUCACACAAUUCCCGCCGUCUCGACGUCCUGUGUUUAUUUACCAAAAUUUAUUUGUCAAACCUGGCCACUGUAGUCAAGAAACAUGAGUAGUUGAUAUACUGUAUUAAUUUUAGGGGCCAUAAUGUUAAGUUUUAACAAAGAGAAGUUUGUAAAACAGCAAAAGUAUUCCAUAUGCAACACGCAAUAUUCUCACCACUAAACAGGAUCAGAUUACACGAGGAGAUAAGGAAAGCUUGACACGAAGAAUACAGUAGACUUGCUACAAGUCGACCUCUUGGUGAGCGGAGCGAGCCUUGUUUGGCCGCGAAGUGGCCGACCGCGAGCGACGAAGUGGCGCGCCAUAUGAAGAUCCGACGAAGGACUUUUUUGAAAGUGUAAGAAGACAGUCGCUUCUGUUGGAAAACCUGGUGUUGGGGAAAAAGUUUAACCAGCAAACUAAAAAAAAUGAGAAUAAAAGCGAAUUCCAAGCCUAAAGCGAUCGACAAAGGAAAAGAAAACAAAGCAUUUUUUUCAAAACCUGGCCGAGUUUAUAAAGCAAUGAAAAAAAAUACCGACGUGCGGUACAUCGCAUGUCCUAGGAAACAUUUCAAAUAGCGCAGCGAAUCAUUCUAAGUUUCAGUCGGGUAACAAAAAGCCUCGGGAAAUUUGAAAGGAGGUUUAAAUGAUUAAACUGUGCAAAUAUUUAUCUACGAUGUGAAACCUAACCGACAGUAGAUCAUGUAGCUGGACUUAAUAAUAUGGCCUAUCGCUUCCUCUGCAAAGCUGAUUUUAUUUUUUCAAAAAAGAUUCCUCAUGACACUUCACCCUUUUACAUAGCAGGUUUGUAAAGCCACUAGCCUGCGUGCAGACGAUCACCAGACUGAAUCUGAGAAUUGACUCCCCUCUGGAACCUCAUAAAGUAAUUACAUGCAUAACACCUUUUCAAGAAAAUAAUCCUUACAACAAGAAUGGCCCAAGAAACGGUCAAAUGGGGAAAAAAAGUAAUUUUCUUCCAAAGCAAAAUACGCAUGAUUCGCUCGUUGGCACUCUAUCGAUAGGUAUAGUUUAUAUUUUUGAGCGGCAAUUCCAGGUUUUCGUAGUCUAGACUAAAAUCUUGAAUCAAUUGAUCAGAUUCCUAGAAAACCAGGGGAAAACGAUACCCAGUUCUAGACCCAAACUCUCUGAUUUAUAUACCCUGUCCCAGAAUAAACUGCUUGAAAACCAUACCUUUCACAGCGUCACAUACCUAUAUAGCCCAUAUAUGGUGGCAGUACCCCCAGUAGUCGGCUGGGAGGGUGACCCUUCCACCUGGGAGAGGUUUUCUCCACACAAAUGGAGUCUUACCUAAGUGAGGUUGUUUUGUCGCUGAUUCCUAUGAUUUUUUUUUUUUUUUUUUCUCAUCAAAGGGCUCUUUUCGAAGCGUUGGAUGUUCCUCUGGUGGGUGGAUCAGCAGAAUCGCGAUACCUCAGCAUGGACAAACUAAAGACACGGGGUGUUUUGCAAGCCUACCACGAUGUCUCCUGUGCUGAGGGAUUGGUUCUUAACAAGGGUACUUUAAUUACUGUUGAUUAAAAAUGGGAAUGGUGUGGUAUUCGAUGGUAGGCUUUUUAAGGGGCUAUGUCGCCAGGAGUUUGCUGUUUUAGGUUAAUUAUGUGCUGUAGUCAUUGCUCAUACGCAAAAUGCUCUUGCAGGGUGAUAGAGAAGACAUCAAAAAUUUUUUUAUAGGAGCACUUACCGUUAUAUUUUUACAGUGAGUUUUACAGGUAUAGCGUUAAAACAUGGGGAAUUUGGCUCAGUCCAUACCCCUCCUUACCAUCUGGCCGUAGCAACGAUGCCUAAAUGAAGUCUUCAAUAAUACAUCUGGGGCCUGUUUCUCGAAAGUCGCGAUAAUCAACGCGCUCUAAAGCUGUUGUUGUUUACAUGCAAGAUAGAGAUUUCAACAGUUUUGCACCUAACAUGAUAAAACUAUUAGCUAAUUAGACAAAAAGGAGCAGUUUGCUAGCCAGGACCAGCGCACUUAUUCUUUAUAUUUCUAUUUGAAAAUUUGAUUUCGGGCCCGAAACGUUACCAGGACUUUUGAGAAACGGGCCCCUGGACCGUUAUUUCUGGAAUUUAAUUGAUGCGAAAAUAUUUUUUAGCUUUUUAAAAGAUAACAAUGCAAAUACUGAGUGUGACUCAAGUCGGCAUGGGUAGCCUGUGAGCAAGCUAUCUUGAGCGGGAGAUGACUCGGGCGGUCGAUUUUGCUUAAAGUAUUGACAGCGUUCAUUGUAUUUGUUUGAUCACAGGGGAUCCUAUACCAAAUGAGCACAUCCAGUAUCCGUGUGUUGUCAAGGCAAGCAAAGGAGAGGAUACCAGAGCAGUGCGACUAGUAAAGGACCAGCAGUCGUUAGAUACAGCUAUUGAGCAUGCGCUGACUUUUUCGAACCAAGUAAUCAUUGAAAGGUAGGUUGGAGCAUCGAAAAGGAUGUCCAGUAUGAUAGAUGUAUGAGCCAAAGAAUUAAUCACCGCCGAGUAAAAUCGUCAUACUGAUGACCUGAAAAACAACAUGAACAACAUGCUCUUUUCAAAAGAGCGUUGUCGUGAAGGCACCCGUUAAUAGGGAAUCAUACCGUGUAUAAUAGCUCACGAUCGACAUAUUAAAAUUCUAACAUGCACCCGAGGCUUUCUCGUCAUAUUUCUGUACAGUUCUGGAAAUUGCGAGACAGCGGAGUCGUAAAAAAAUUUCAAUUUUUUCCCUAAAGCCUAGGAGUCGAGUAAGAAUUUUGAUAUAUCAAACGUGGGCUAUUACGAACCUACAACGGCGACGCCAAUGAUAACGUCACGACAAAUUCUCUCUUGGUCGCGAAAAAAUAGACUUCGCAUCCUUUCUGCGUAGCAGGAGAAGGCGCCGGUCAUGUUUGUUUUUUUCCUUCGCCCUAAAAAAAACGGCGCCUACCAGGAGCCCGUGAUAUGGGCUCCUAGCGCCUGCUACGCGGCCAAACUUUUUCGUGAUUAUUUUAAGUCACCCAGUUAGUUAAAAGAAGGGGAAUAAAAUGAAGCUGAGGGGAGGUCUUGUUGUUUUGCUUAUUUAACCUAUUGCUUUUAUGUCGUUCCCGUUACCUUCGCCGACGCAGUUUCCCAAGGAACCUUUUGAACCCGGCGGUUGCAAUUAGCUGUUUAAACACGGUGAUAAAAGGAGGCGUAUAAGCUAGUUAACCAAUAUGGACACAAAGAUUUGCCUAUGCGCUAUUAGCCUGCGUAGCUGGCGGUAGUGUGUGGGUGCCAGAUUAAAGUUUUGGCGGCGGAGCCGUGUUCCAAAAAAAGGGACUGGGGACGAGGCGGUUGAAAUACCACCUGCCAGAAAACCCCGGUAUUUUGAAUAGUCCGCACACAAGUGUGCGGAGAAACGGAUUGGUCGAGGACCAUAUAUAUGUCAAUCAUGUUAUAAUUAGAUGAUCCUUCGCAUAUAUUUCCCAAUUAAGGGAGCAGAUGGCAAACUGGAGAAGACGGAAGUGAUUGUGGUUUAAAAAGAGCAUAAUUGAUGACCAAAUUGCCGAAAUGGCGUCUUUAAACUUCACAGCGCUGGAAUUGUCUUUAUUUAGCCGUAAGAAACAAAGGUCAAAGAAAAUUAAAACACUUUACAACUGCAUCUGAGAUGAAAUCCUAUCAGGAACACCUACAGAAGAAUAAACCACAGGAAAUGGUUACUCGGUAUGCAUGUAACAAACCAGCUUCAUGACCUUUUAAUGUUAAGCCUAGUGUGGCAAAAAAAGAUUUAAUCAGUCAAAGUUUAGAAUGAUACACGCACUGUGUAGUGCUAGUAACCUUUGCGCGAGAGCCGAGAAAAUAGAAAAACCUCUGUUCAAGUAAACUCAUAAGGUCACGUUUCACAUUAUCACGAGCUUAGGAGUCCUGUUUAGUUUGUCAACGCUUAUUUCUAACCUGUCUCGCGCGAAAAUAAUCGGAAGUUUCAAAUUGCAGGUUUCUCUUUGAUUGGCUGAUUUAAUUGGGAUCAGCUAAGGUGACAAAAAUGGGCGGCAUUCGAAAAAUCAUGGUUCUCUGGCAGGCGGUAUUUCUCGCGGCUUCGCCGCUCGUCACGGCUCCACCGUCAAACCUCACUCAACUGUAUUACUAACAACGGCUCCGCCGCCAAAGCUCACUCAACUAUAUUACUAACAACGGCUCCGCCGUCAAACCUCACUCAACUAGGGAACUUGAGAUAGAGACGUUUUCGAGGCGACGGCAACUUCAACCGGACGUGACAUCAUCAUCUGUUGGAUAUUGCGCAUGCUUGGGCUCACCACCUUGCCGUCGUGGUCCCGUCGGCGACGUGAAACUGGUCUGUUUGGCGUUGUGGCGAAAACGUGAGUAUUUAACUUUCAUUUCAAUCAGGUUUGUUGCGUUUAGCAACCAACAUUUUGCAGAUUAUCGUUCUUAAAUUGUCCUUGUUUUCUUUGAGGCACAUUUCAAGCUCGAUUUCCAAGCUCUGUUAUCUAAACUUACAUCUUUGAAUGUUUCUAUGUUUUCAUGUCACAGGGUCAAGAUCCAACUUGGCAAACAGCCAACCGUAAGUGAGCUUGACAUGGGACAAUACCAAACUAAGAAUACGGUUCCUUGCUAGCAUUUUAAUGUUCCUGUAAUUUGCAAGGCUUCGGCAAGCCUGUGGAGAUCAGUUUUUUUCAACACGAAAUUCUGCCUUGAACUCAGCUGCAUCCCGCACGUUUUUUAGCGUGAACGGAUCGUAACUGUCCCGAGGAAAAUCGGGAUUUUUGGACUCAUAAUUUUCCCACAAAACGAGAAACUCUUCAUCCGAUACAUGUUGUCUGCAUAGCAAAUAUUUAUUCUCUUAAUUCUUUACGUGAAGCCAUAUUUUCCUCUUCGGUAUUCUUCUAAUGAAAGGUGCCGUCCUUCUGAGUUCACUGCGAUCUUAAUGUUCUAUUUUUGACGGGGAGCGACGGCUGCCUUAGUUCCAGGCUUUCUCUGCCAGUCCGGUCGCCGUCGCCCCGAAAACGUCUCCAUCUUAAGUUCCCUCCUAUAUUACUAACAACGGCUCCGCCGUCAAACCUCACUCGACUAAUACACAAUACCGCCAGCUACGCAGGCUAAUGCACUAUGAACAAAUUAUAUAUUCAGCUUAGUGCUGUAGCAAGUAAGAAAGUUUGUGUUCUGAUACCGGCAGAUUCAUAGAAGGACGGGAGAUUCGUUGCGCUGUCGUCAAAUCAGAAGAAUCAGAGGAUAUAAAAGCCUUGUCGUGUAUAGAAUACAACGUACGCCAGGAUGACAUCCGUAAAUCCGAGGAGAAGUUAGUCUAUAAUCAAGAAGGAUUACCUGUUGGUGAGUAGCCCAUUUUUAAUUGGUCAUAAAGAAAGCGGUACCGCUGCUCGAUUUAGGCUGAAAGGUACAAGCUCUCCAUUUGGGGGAUAAGUCAUGAACUUGGCAUAUAUUCGAAAUGGAGAGCUUGCUCACAAGCUUUGCUUGAUAAUGAACGCUAUCCUGCCGUGCGUUCGAAGAGGAGGAGGAAUUUGAUUGGGAAAGUGGGGAAUUUCCAAAGCGCACGAAUCACCGCACUUCGCGUUACUCCUUACAAGAACUUGAAAGGACUGAAAAUGCGCGCUAUUUCUAGAUGCCCCUCCAAAAAGAACUGUAUUCACUGAGAAAGUUAGAUGGGCUUUUAAUGCAACAUCAGACAGAAACAAAACUAAAACUUGAUUUGCUUUGCGAGUUUUAAGAAGCAAGAAGCACAUGAGAAACAAAAAAUUACUGCUACAUAACAUUUCAAACACCAAAAGUUGCCCCUGCUACGUUGUAGAAGCGUAGAACGGAAGGGGGCUGUCAACUUUAGACAUAAACAAACAGACAUCUCUACCCAAUUCCAUGGGAUGAGAGCAGCUAUACACUCAAGCAUGCGCAUGUGGCAGCCCAAUGAACCCCCAUCAUGGGGGUUGUUGUGUCGAAUUUGAGGGACUGCGCAGAAAGGCGGAAGUCCGCCACUCGCGGAUGUUCCGAAACUAACCAGAGCCGGUCGAUCUGUGGCGCUGGCCAAAAAUAUUGCAACUGUACGGGGAACGAGGAUGGAGAUUGAGAACAGUGUGGGAACCCAUAGUUUCAUUACUUACAACAGGGAAAAAGAAAUUUAAUGUCUCGAAAGCCGCGGAUAAAAAUAUAUGCCAUUAUUGUAGGGACAUGGUUAUAAACCACGACAACGUAUUCCUUAAGCACUUAAUCCAGGGCCCAGGCUUAAAAUACUGAUGAAACAAAUUUCCCACGCGUCACGGCCAAUACCAAGAUCUGGGUAUAGUGACGCGUCAUCACUAUGGAAAUUCUGAACCAUUGUCUCAGACGUCACUUCAGGGGGAAAUCACUGGUGGCGUCGUGAAACGUCGGCUGUUUUCUAAGGCUUCCUUACAUGGUAUGAUUUUUUUCUUCUUUCUUUCUAUACUAGGCAAACCAUCAGAGGUUAAGACUUGGUAUCUUGACCCUGAAAAGGAAGGAGAACUAAUAAGGCGUAUCCAGCAGCAAAGCUGUCGAGCUUUUCUUGAGCUAGACCUCCAAGACUAUGGCCUUUUCGACUUCCGAAUAGACCGCCAUGGAAAUCCAUUUCUUCUGGAAUGUAACCUGUUCUGGUCGUCUACUUCAUUGUGUCCCUUUAGUGCAGUCGCUAAGAGCUCUGGCGUUACUGUUGAAAGUUUGUUUGAUUUAAUGGUUCAGAACGCUUUGUUCCGGAAAGAGAAGAAAGGAAAAGAAGAUAAAGAGCUGAAGCGUUUCCCCACGGUUUGA